AUGCCGAAACGGGGCGUGGCCAACCAGCAGCCGCCUCCGCCGACGACGACGGUGGCAGCAAGACGCGCCAACGCUGCCACUGACGCACUUUCCGUGUCAUCUUCAAUUGAUCCAUUGAAUCAUUGCGGCCUGCGCAAGCCGAUUACGGUAGUCAGAGACGUGCGGUCACACAGCAGCAGCCGCGACGACGACAGCGGCGACGGCUGCGGCAGAAGUGUCGGCAGGGAUGCAAUUCAUUUCGAGAGGGAGUUGAGUGAAGAGGGCAAACGAGGGCAUGCUGGUGUGUACAAACAGAGCCAAGCGUUGUAG